AGGUGGGGAGGGUGAGGAAAGCACUGGCUGGCCCGAGCUGACCUCGGCCUCCCCGCCCUGCCGCCCCGGAGACUGCGCCCAAGUGUCAGCUCGCAUCUCAGCCCGGUCAAUUCCACAUCCCCACCUGGGGGCCCAGUGACCCGAGUGAAGAGCCAGCCACCCCCGGUAAUGAGAUCACAUGGCUCGUUAGGCAAAACCGGGGCGUGGGUGAAACUGGCCGGGAGCGAAUCUCCUUUCCUCACUCGCUGCAGCGCGGGGCUGCUUGGGAGGGAUGAGAUCCCGUGUUCCUGGCUGUUUUGAAAGCUGCAGGGGAUUUGGGUGGCAGGGCUCGGAAAGUAUAAAUGGCCAGUUCCCGCUGUGCACCAGCAUCUCUGCUCCUUGGCUGCCAGCCCCUGCACUGAUCUCAGUUCGCGCGCGGUCCGGGAUGGCAGUUCCCCUGGAGCAGGCUCUGGCCGUGAUGGUCUCGACCUUCCACAAGUACUCGGCGAAGCAAGGCGACAAAUUCAAACUCAGCAAGGCCGAGCUUAAGGAGCUGCUGACCAAGGAGCUUCCAAGCUUCCAGAGCAAGCAAAUGGACGACGCUGAAUUCCAGAAGAUCAUGAGCGACCUGGAUGUCAACAAGGACAAUGAGGUGGAUUUCCAGGAGUUCGCCUGCUUCUUAGCCUGCGUGGCCAUGGGCUUCAACGACUUCUUCAAGGAUCAGCGUCAGAAACAGCUGCGUAAGAAGUGACCCCAGACGCCUGCGGGGCCGGGAUUCCUGUGCCUCAGCCCCCCGUGUUUCCAGUGUAAUCACCCGGGCUUUCAAUAAAAGUCUUUCUAAAGAUGCUUA